AUGGCAACUCUGGGCCGGCUGACCGCCAAGUGUUCUGGAGACAUGCUCGCCGUUUGUGAUGUGAGGUUGGGAGUGCUGGUCGACUGCGGCGGCCCUGGGGCUCUGGCGACGCCCCUAGGCCGCUCUGGCACUCGCGCGCCGGGCCUUUUGUGUGGGAAAAACUGUAAAUCCCUUCUGAUUUCUGAAUUCCUCGUCGUCAUUCAGGAAGCGCGAGCCAAUAAGAAGCUGCGCAGGCCGGUGUGGAGGUGGGCAGCCAGAAAAUCCCGCAGGCUUUUGGCUGACAGGGUACUCAGGUGGAGAGGCACGGACAGGUAUCUCAGUACGGACUCAAUUGCGGCUUGUGGUGGUGAGCGCCCAGAGGGCAAAGGCGGACGGUGGGGUGAAGGUACCUGGACGCACUGGACGAUCGAGCAAGGGUAUCAGCCAAUGCUUGUGAGGUUGGACUUCUCGGAAGGAAAGGCAAUCACAUUCAAUCGCGGUCUGCUCUUUGGGGCGUGCCGUGGUUGUACCCGCGCUGGGCAGUUGUACCGUGUCAAUUGGAGGACCAAAGAGGCCGACCUGAGGCCGACCCACCAAAAAGGUAGGCAAAGAACGGAUAGCGAGAACAGUCUGUACACAGGCGCACACGGUGACAUCGUGUGGAGGCGGGCUCAAGUCGAAUCCAAUUCGAACACUCUUCUCUUUCUACGAACGGAACGGCGGCUCCUCUGGGCUCCUGGUUCAUUCAAGGGCCGACCAACUCGUUGCUUGCUAGCAAUCAGCGACCCGUCAACGUAAUGCCCAUUGAUCCCAUUGACCAUGACCCUUUGGUUUCGGCGGUCGCGGACCCACCAUCGCUGUCGAAAAGUUGAACCCUACGUGGGCCGCAGAGCCCGUCGGUGGCCGUCAUCCCAUGGCACAAGUCGUUUCUUGCGAGCCGUGCUCUGGGCAGAAAAGUGAAGGACCAGGGAGGGACGUGCACGGUUGUGGUUCCGUAGUCCCAGCGGUCGAACUAGCAAGCAGGUACGCGGUACCUGGUGCUAGCGCAGUCUCCACGCUCUGUUCCGCUCGAUGGGGUGCCCGUCUGGAAAGUGGACUCUGUGGGUGCAUUGAAGGGUGAACUGGAAGGUGACUGCAUUGGUGGGCGGACAGGGCGCUCGCCAGGGCACCAGCACCAACAAGGACGACAAGGUACCGGGUACAGUACGAUACAGUGCCGGGGCCUGCAGCCCACUCGAUCGUAGCUGGCGAAUCCCACACUUUGGCGUGCAUGCCAAAGAAG